UAUAAUGAAAACAAGGUUAUAGUAGUAAUUACUUUUAAAGUAAACCAUUUCUGUAAAGAACAGUCGGAAAGCAAGUGAGAAUAUAUAAACAAGCUUUUAACUUGCGAGGUCAUUUUUCAUUUCUUCUGGUUCAUGCAUGCCGUUAGUCAAGGAGCUUUUUACAUCAAGCCCGAUAUUUUGAAGUGAAGUCAUCUUUGACUUUAGUAGGUCUAAAUUCGUUUCGUUGAAGUCUAAACUUGGUACGGUAGUAGAUGAUGAAUUGCAUAACCAGAACGAUUUCAAUUGUCUUGAGAUAUCCAGUAGCUGUUCCACAGCGCGGAUCAUUGAAAGCGUAUGACACUCAAUUUGAUAUACUUCUGAUGAUACUAUAUUUUUAUCCUUUCCUUGGUUCAUUGCAAUGUCUGCAAUAUCCUGAAACCGAGACAAAAGCGUUUGCGUAGCUCCAUCUAUAGAGGCAUUAAGAGCAUUUGUAUGUUGAGCGAGUCUUCUUUGAAAGCUUUCUGACGACAUAAUAAAAUGAGCAGGACCCUUUCGGUGUGUACUUUUACGAACGAAUCCGGUUAAUGAAUGAAACGGUUAUUUUUAGUCCCUAUACUGCAGCAUUCGGCUGCCAAAGUAUUAUUUGUUUUUUCUCUUUAAAAUGUAUUGUUUUAAAGUAAACAACUUGACGACAAGGUACUAUGAGCUAUAAAAGCUCAACUACUCUUUUUUAAACGUUAAAUAUAUGUUUCUCUUGUGGUACAACCUCAGCAUACAAAUUUUGUAAAGGGUUUUCAGUUAUCGUUUAUAUCCAAUUUUUUCCUCUGUUAUUUUCUCAACUAGAUACGUUGUUUUUCUGCUAAAACAAGGAUUAUCAAGUCUCGAUUUUGAUUUAUAAGAAUAUGUCAAAUUCGGGUUUUCGUUAUGGGCUUAAUUUAAUGAAGAAGCCCAGUCAGGAGAAUAAAAAUACGAGAAUAAACUUCUUGGAAGAGGCAGAAGAUUCUUCUGAUGAAGAUGCCGCGCGUCCUUUCACUAUUCAGACUACUGAAUCAAUACCUAUAGAAAAGAUUGAAAGGAAUGAAACAACAGAAAGUGAUGCUUCUGUAUAUGGUUAUGAUGAAUAUUAUGAUUCCAUGAAGAGCGGGGAGCGUGAACAGCAGGAAUUAAGACGGCAGGAAGCCCAAGAGCGACGCCCAAAAUAUAUGGAAAAGCUUAUUGAAUCAGCCAAAACUCGAAAACGGGAUAUGCUCAUUGCUCGUGAGCGAGCUCUACAGAAGCAACGAGAAUCAGAAGGUGAUGAUGGAUCUGAAAAAUUUGUUACUGGCAGUUAUAAGCUGCAUCGUGAAGAAAUGGAAAAAGAAAUUGAAGAUAGAAAGAGGGAAGAAGAAGAGUUAGAAGCUAAAAAUUCCCAUGGAGGUGGCAUGAAAGAUUUUUACGCUAGUAUGCUAGAACAACAAGAGAAGGAGCAUGACAAAGCAAUGCGAAGCAUCCCAUCACAAUCCUCUGGCCAACGACGCGAUAGCCAUGAAGAUGAGUUAAACAAAAAGGCGUUCUCAAAUACUUCAGUUACGGAUAAAGCACCUGAAUUAAACGACAACAAUGAGAUUGUUGAUCAGAGACAAGUACUUUCAGCAGGUUUAAACGUCCCAAAACCCCCUGCUACGAAAUCUUCUUUACCGGCCUCUCGUGUCCCUUCUUCUGAAUCACGUUGGAAACAAGAAUCUUCUGAAUAUGACACAAGAAGGAGCAGAUACGAUAAUAAAGGUUCUAGAGGUGUUUACUCCUUGAAACAAGUGGAGGAACAAAAACGAAAAUACCAAGAGGAACAAAAUUUAAAAAAGCAAAAAGAGGAAGAAAAAAAGAAAGAGUUUGCGUUGAAAACUCAUAUGCCAAAGACAACGACGCAAGAUCAAGUUUUGUCCGCCCGAGAAAGAUAUUUAAAAAGAAAACGCGAAGCAGCCAAGUCAGAAGGAGAUAUGUAAUGGAAAUAUCAAAUCAUUACUUUUAUUUAUUACAAGACUAUGGAAAGUUCUACUGCAAUUUACGAAUCUACUUAAACAAGUAAAAAAUGUGAUAUGGAAACAUGAUUUAUUGCUAAUAAAAUAAGCAAACGGAGGGACACAUAGCAUAAAGAAAAGUUCAUAAUUCAUGUAGAUAUGUAAUCGAUCACAUACGGAAGAAUUCGACAUCGAAAGACAAUUUUAUAACGAAGGAAUAAGGAAAAAAGGUACAACCCAUGGAGCCUAAAUCAGCAAGGUACUCACCAAUAAAAUGGAUUUGAAAAUUUACUUAGCCAUAAUGCGUUGUACAAAUUCGUGGUAAUUAAAACUACCUGAAUUAGUGGGAUCGGCCUCCUGAACCAUUAGCUGGACUUCAUGCUCGGGUAAUUUUUCUCCCAAGGUCAUCAUAUACUCAGCAAAUUUGGCAGUUUCGAUGUAACCACUAUUGUCGGCAUCAAAGACUGUAAAAGCCUUCACAAACUCCUCUUCAGACUCCGUCUCAUUCAGCUUGAAUUUGGCAAAAUUCAUAAACUUCUUUUCAUCAAUAGCAUCACCGAGCUCGCUGGAUAGCUUUGUUAAUUCAGCAUCUGAAACGUUUACACCCAAGCUUCGCAAUACAGAGCCCACAUGGCUCGAGGGAAUAAGUCCAUCUCUAUCAAUAUCAUAGAGAGUAAAUGCUUCUUUCAUUUCAUCCAUCUGUUCUUUGGAAGGAGCCAUCUUUCUUAUUGCCUGCUUAUUUUGAUUAUAUUUCAAGUUUCAGGUCCAGAGAAAUGCGAAAUAUAGAGAAACGCGUAAAGAAUAAUCCAAACAAACCCUUAGAGCCUUAAACUUCUCUGUUUCGACUAUUUAAAAGGAAGCAGCAAGUUUCUGGUGCUAGUUAAGAGCAACGUACGAAGGUGACGAAAACACUUAGACAAGGUGACAUAUAUGAGACGUGUAAACAAACACGAAAGUUUACUUUCAUUACAGCAGUGUAUUUGCAUGUAAUUUAAAUAAAACAAAUGUAUUUAUGAAAAAAUCUUCUUGAAGAAUCUAGAUAUCUCAAAAAUUUGGGAGGUCUAUUUUUGUGCGCAUUUUUCUUUGGUAUAUACUCUGUAACUGGGAGAAACGAUACAAAUACUAAAUAGUUUCUGUUUCUAUGGAUAAAGAGAAAGAGAUAAUCAUAGAAAGUUUGAAUAAUGAAGCGACCGGUUCAUUCAAAGUGUCUGAGUGUUUUUGCACGGAAAGGUAAAAUACAGAAUUAUCAUAAUCGACUCAAACACAUAUACCAGUCUCAUUACUGAUGUUAUUUUUAAAGUUUCGAGAGCAAGUUUACAGACUAAUGGAGGAUGUAUCACCGGGAAAGGCGAAAUUACAUACUGUACAGACAGUGUUUUACAGUCAAAUUGCAUUUGCAUGAGCUGAAUCUAUUACGAAAAAAGAAAAAGAUAUUUAAAUUGCAAAUCAAUUUGAAGAAAGAUAAAAAGAUAAAGAUUCUAUAAAUUAUACCAA